UCAUUAAAAAAAAACAUGUGGCAAACAUGCUCAAAUUUUAAUAUUGUUAAAUAAAUAUGGACUUGUUAAUUUUUCCCUAAAAUAAUGAUUUACUUAAGUAAUACGCAACUUUAACUAUGUAGUUAAAUACAAUGUAGCUGUACAGAUACAUAAUAAGUACAUAAACUCGUGUUUAUAUACUUAAUAACUGCCUAGCUAAUGCAUCAUUUUAAAUCAUUUAUCAUAAAAUUUAGCAAAACGAUUUCUUUAUGUUUGAAUCAAAUUAAAUUUCCUAUAAGUUGUUGUUCAUUCAAGUUAUGCUAAAUAGUUGUAAAGAUUUUGUUUUGAAACAUAAAAAUAUUGAAUCACGAGAAGAAGUGGUAGAAAGGGAAUCAAAAAAGAUUGAAUCACGGGAAGUAGUGGUUUUGAGAAGAUGUACCACUAAUUGUUUGCUGCAUAACGAAAAGGAGAAUCCAACUUAUGUUACUGGCCACCUUAUCGUGCAUCUAGAUUAGAGACAGCAGUUAAAGAGAUAGAAAAAUCAACAAUCGAUUGGUAGCGCAUUGAUAAUGUGCGUGUGUUGCAUUAUUAUGAUAGAUUACCACAAAGCAAGGCUUAAUUUAUUUAAACCAGAGCAUGACACAUCAGCAUUAGAGUCUGAAAAUGAAAAUUUUGGACAACUGAAGCAAAAAAAAAUUGUGUCUGACAUCAGUGAGGGCAAUGAGGAUUUGAGUGACACAAACAUCUCAUUAUUAUCAGCUUCAACACCUUUACCAAGUUCUAUUACUAACAGAGUACAAAAAGUUAUGCUAAUGCCUAAAACUCAGCAAGCGAAAGAUACAAUUUCAGAAAUACUAUCGUGUCGCAUAAAGAAGAGCAUUUGAACGUUCGAAUUACUCUGAAGAGAAGUAAAGACAUAAGAUUUGUAAUGAAACUGACUACAAAGACGAAAAGAACGUUGUUAUGUUUAAAAAAUGUGUAUAGUUUGUAUGAAAAUUUUAACGUAAUUAUAAAUACUAUGACAAA